AUGGACAUAUCUCUGUGGUAUCAGGAGGUGGAAAGGCCUGGGAAUUGGGAUUCAGGACCAGGUGUGGUGGAUGUCAGUGUGAUAUCUACCACAGCGCUCGCUCUUUCUCCCGACAGAGUAGACUGGGAGUACAUGAGUCGCCAUGAAAAGUGCCACUUCUGUGACAUUACCUGCAUGCAGUGUGUGGGUCCAGAGAGAGAGGACUGCACUAGCUGCUCCCCACCAAGGUUCUUUAAUGAUGGCCGCUGUGACACCCGCUGCCCGGUGGGGCGUUUCCCGAUGGAGAGACAAUGCCACCUCUGUCACCACACCUGCAAUGAGUGCACAGACGAGGGGCCUGACAACUGCACCAGCUGUGACAGAGAUAAGUUUGGCGAGGCCAGGUACCUGUUUCAGGGUCAGUGCCGUGAUACCUGUCCAGAAGGGUUCUUCCACUCUGAUGAUCGAAAACGGUGUGAAUCCUGUCCUCCUGACUGCAUCAUCUGCACAGCAGCAAAUCGCUGCCUCCGCUGCAGCCCAGGACACAGGCUCAACAAUAGCCGGUGCGUUCCAUUGGAGUGCAGUGCAGGUGAGGUUGCAGAUGCAGAGAAUGAGGACUGUCUCCGCUGUGACGAAGGAUGCAAGCAAUGUAAACGCAAGGAUUCAGGACAUCAGGAGCAGGAAACUGUCUGCCUCAAAUGUGAAGAUGGUUACUACCAGUUGGGCACAGACUGUCAUCAGUCCUGCCCUGAUCGGACCUACAGUGUGGAUAACACAAUGGUGUGUGCUCAGUGUGAAGACAAACAAUGCAUGAACUGUGACAACUCCCAGUGCUACACGUGCGAAGAUGGAUUCUAUGUCUCUGAUGGAGAGUGUGUGGAACACUGUAAAGAAGGUUUCUUUGUGGAUGAGGAGAGCCAGGAAUGUGAGCCGUGUCACAAUGACUGUCGUACCUGCGGAGGGCCGCGAUUUGACGACUGUGACUCUUGUGAGGAAGGAUUCACACUGAAGAAUGGGGAGUGUUUGGAGGGCCAACGGUCUGCCCCCUGCCCUGAGAAAUCCUUCAGAAACAAAAAAGGGGACUGUGAAGCAUGUGAGGCCCUUUGUCGUUUUCUGACCGCUCGACGGACUUGUGCGCCUCGUUGUGAGUCUGGCACAUUUGCCAACAAAGUGUCCAGCCAGUGUGAGACCUGCCCAAAAGGUUGCAUCAUGUGCCAGGAUGCCCAGCUAUGCCAGCGCUGUCACAGUGGAUUUUACCUGUAUAAUGGAGCAUGUGUGGUGGACUGUCCAAGAGGGAUUCCUCAAGAUGGCAUAUGCCAGCCGUGUGCCUCGAAGUGUGCAUCCUGCCUAGGAAAUACCUCCCACUGUCUGAGCUGUGACAGACAGUACUUGCUGCUUGACCACUCCUGCAGGGAAAACUGUCCAGAGGGUUACUACGCCACUGAGAGGGAAUGCCAUCGGUGCCCUGCUGACUGUAGAGAAUGCAAUCAAGAUGGUUUGUGUAAGAAGUGUGCAGACUACUUCUUCCUCCAUGACGAUAAGUGUGUGGAUGAUUGCCCUACUGGCUACUUUGCCAGUGAGAAGCAACAGGAGUGCGUGCGUUGCCAUGCCGAUUGUGCCUCAUGUGAUGGACCAGGCUUUGAUGACUGUGAUGUGUGUCGCAACCAGAAAGCUGUCCGUUAUAAUGGAGAGUGUCUAACUAACUGUCCUAACAGGACUUACUAUGAUAAAACUACCAAUGAAUGCAGAGAUUGUGACAGGUCAUGUCUGACCUGCUCAGGCCAUGAGCCCUCAUCCUGCCUCAGCUGUGAUUUCAACAGGCGUAUAGAUGCCAGUGGCCACUGUAUAUGGUUCAAUGACUGCUCUCUGAGCUCAUAUAUGGACCAAAAAGGGGACUGCCAAGCGUGCCACAAAUACUGCCAUCGCUGUUCUGGAUCGGGCAAAGACCACUGCCUCAGCUGCAACAAGCCACACUUCCUACUGAACAACACAUGUGUACAGGAGUGUCCUGUGGGUUACUAUGCUGAGGACAAGGACGAGCGGGUGUGUGAGCGCUGUCACUUUAGCUGCACGUCGUGUACCGGCCGUCACAGUCAACAGUGUGUCGUCUGUAAACCUGGAUUCUUCAAGCAGGGAAAAAGCUGUGUCGAAACCUGUUCAGAGAGUCACUUUGGGAACUUCAAGACCAUGGUUUGCGAACGCUGUGAUCCCUCUUGUAACAAGUGCUGGGGUCAUGGUAGCACAAACUGUCUGAGCUGUCGGAAUGGGUACGUCUACCUGAGGCAGCGGGGACAGUGCUUACAGAGCUGUCCUUUAGGCUACUACCAGGACAGCUGGUCCAAGAGCUGUCACAAGUGUCACCCCACCUGCAAGACCUGCAAGAGAGGUGGUGCUCUAGCCUGCCUGACUUGUUAUGAAGGCUUCGCGUUUAUGAAGGGCAUCUGUGAAUCACAGUGUCUCGUAGGCUUCUAUGCAGCUUCUAAGGUGUCUGAGUCUCAGAUCGACACACCAAACUGCAAAAUGUGUGACUCGUCCUGCAUGGACUGCCGAGGUCCCAGCAUGUGGAACUGCACACUGUGCCCCGCUCUCCAGAUCCUGGCUGAUGAUGGCCGUUGCCUGAGCUGCUGUGGAAAUGAGAUGCGCCAGGAUGAUAAACCAAUACCCUGGGAGUGCUGUGACUGUGAGGCCUCACGAGUUGAAUGCAUCCUGGAUGUCAACUUUGUGUUGCGAGAACCUGAAGAUUUAGAGGUUCAAGGCAGCACUGCCAAACGCUUUGUCACUGUUUACAUUCUACUUAUCCUCAUCGUGGGUGGAGGGAUCUUCCUUUUCCUCUAUGUUCGAUCUAAAUCACUCCCUGUCCCUGGCAUGCCCCAAAUCAAAGCUGGAGGCUAUGAGAAACUAGACAGCAAUGGAGAAGUUGGCUCAAAACACGCCAGCUCAUCAUUAGGGGACUAUAAUGACAGAAUCAUUGGAUGUGAUGAUGGUGAGGGAGAAGAAGAAGAAGAUGAUGACGAUGAUAUUGUGUACAUGGCACAAGAUGGGACAGUGUAUCGGAAGUUCAAGUACGGACUCUUGGAUGAGGAUGAGAUUGAGCUGGAGUAUGAUGAUGAGAGCUACUCAUACAGAUGAAAAGAAAGCACAACAAACCUUGACUGCACAGAAAUAGCUCCUCCUUCCAUAUCACUCUAAAUAUGUUCAUAUGUGAUGUCUAUUUAAAUCAAACUAUUUACACACAGUUUUUCAGACCAAAACUAUUUUUAAUCAGGAACUCAUCUGUGUUAUACCAUCCAUGUAGCAGUCAUUAUGUUGAUGUGAUAUUUUUUGCUGAGCAGGUAUUACCAACAGGAUAUAUACUAUUCUGUGGUUGCUACUUUUAACAUGGCUGCAAUUACGGGCAAAACCAAUGUUCUGAAACAUGAAUAUAAUUGAUAUUUUCCUGUAAAACUAUUUUUAGCCAUUCUGUUUAGCCUGUUUCAAGCCAUAUUGCUGGCACACAGAAGAUAUUUUGAGUUUGCCUUAAAAACAACACAAGGAUCAAAUUACUACAUUUUCUAGUCUCAUAUUUGUGCUGCAGAUAUUUUUUUGUUUGUUUUUUUGGAAAAUGUGGCUUUUUGAGUAGACA